AUGGAGUCCACGUCCUACCAAGCCGACGCUCUCCCAGCAUCGCCGCUACUCCGUCUUCCUUUCGAGAUUCGUCUCAUGAUAUAUGAGUACCUACUCCUACCAUCGACGACGCCCAUGACCGGAAACGGAACCUCGGUCGCGAAUCUAAUUCCUGACUUCCAUACCUACCUCUCCGAAGAUACGAACAAUGAUCCGUGUACCUUGAGCGUACGCACUAUGGAUCCAUGGCUGGGAGUGCAAGGUCCAAGGACAUGGAGACGAAGGAGUACAUACCAUAUUAGAACCGGGCCCUUCCUAACAACCACAACACCAACAACGUACCGCGUCCUCCUCUCCCCCUACACAUCGCACCUCCGCCACACCGUUCCCUCCCUGCUAUCUCUAAACCACCAAAUCCACGCCGAAGCAAGCAAAAUCCUCUAUUCGACCUACACAUUCUCCUUCCAUACCAGCAUCGAAGCUGCAGUGCCAUUCCUUUCCGACCUUACACCCCGCAGCCGUGCCGCUCUACGCCAUCUCAGCGUGACGAAGAAAGCGCUGCCAUAUAGCAAAGAGUUUGACCGCGCGGAAUGGGCAAGUCUAUGCGACUACCUUGCUACACCGCCGCAGUCUGCUCUCGACGGAACCGAGAUUCCUGCGCCUAUUUCCCUGCGCAGCCUUACUUUGAACGUCAUAUCUGGCAAGCCUGAUCACGGCUGGGAGUCCAUAACGCCCAUCCUGCCCAGCGACUUUGACACCAUGCUGCGUAUGAAGAACGAGUGGCUUGGUGGUCCGCUUGGUGGUAGUGGUGAUUUCGGGGGCAUGGAUUUAGAGUGGGCGGAGCAGGUCAUGGCAAUCAAGGGACUGGAGAGCAUUAACGUGAAGGCGAUGGUGGAGAGGUGUGCUAAUCCUGUGAGUGAGAAACAAGCGUUUUGGAUUGCGUUUAGUAAGAGUGUUGCUGAGGGGGGUUUUGGGGAGUGGAUGACGAGGAGGAUGGUGGUGUAG